AUGGCAUCGGCCGGUGCAAGUUCUGAAAAGACUUCGGUACAAGUAGCCUUACGAAUAAAACCGUUAACCGAUGAAGAUCUAGCAACAUUACCAACAAGAUUUCAACGACAAGUCUUAUCUACUUCACCAAAUACUCCAAAUCAAGUUGUUGUAUCCGGAGAAAAGAAACAAUUUUUUACUUUUGAUCAUGUAUUUGGUCCAGAAUCUUCACAGAAUGAUAUUUACGACAAAGCUGUGUUAAAAUUGAUUGAUAAAUUUGUAGAAGGAUAUAAUGUAACAAUCUUAGCAUAUGGUCAAACUUCUUCAGGAAAAACUUAUACAAUGGGCACAUCAGAAUCAACCGCAAUCCCUGUUGAUCAAAAAGGAAUAAUUCCUCGAGCAAUGAAAACUUUAUUUGAUGUUAUAAAUUCUCCACAUUAUAAAACUCGUAAAUUUCAGAUUAAAGUUUCAUUUAUUGAAAUUUAUAAUGAAGAUUUGAUUGAUCUGUUAGGUGAAGGUGAAGAAGAAAGUAGACCUCAAGUUACAAUAAGAGAAGAUUCUAAAGGUCAUAUUUUAUGGAGUGGAUUACAAGAAAUGAAAGUCAAUUCUGUUGAUGAGGUUAUCGGACAUUUGUCAAGAGGUUCGUUGAAUCGUCAAGUUGGUGCCACAGAUAUGAACCAGAAAUCUUCUAGAUCACAUGCGAUAUUCUCUGUAACAAUGAUUCAAUAUAAGUUUUUGUCGUCCAACGGAGGUGGUAGCAGGUCAAUGACACCUACACUUGGAUUGGAAAUAUCUGAAUCAAGAUCUGGAAUUAGACCUCCAUCACGAUCGAGUUCUAGAUUAAGUAAAAGAUCUGAUGAUGGUAGUGGUGAAUGGAUUGCUGUUACUAGUAAAUUCCAUUUUGUGGAUUUGGCUGAAGGAAUAUCUAUAAAUUCCGGUCUUUUAGCAUUAGGAAAUGUUAUCUCUGCUCUAGGUGACACUACCAAAGCUAAACAUACAACACAUAUUCCAUACCGAGAUUCAAAAUUGACACGUUUGUUACAAGACUCUCUUGGUGGAAAUGCUCAAACAUUAAUGAUUGCUUGUGUUUCAGGGGUAGAAUUCAAUCUUAAUGAAACUGUUAACACUCUUAAAUAUGCAAACAGAGCUCGUAAUAUUAAAAAUUCUGCUAUUGUAAAUCAAGAAGAAGCUGGUUGGAAUGAUAUAGAACAUUUACAAAGUUUAGUUGUUAAAUUAAGAAAUGAAAUCAAAGCUCUUAAAGCUGCUGGUGUUUUGGUUUCUACAAAUGGUGGAACAUCAAUAAAUGGAAGUUAUGGUGGUAAUAGUACAUCCGGUUCUGGAAGAUCUACUCCAUUAGGUAUAAGUGGAAGAGAAACUCCAAGUUAUCAAAGUCAUUUACGACGUCCUUCAACUCCACUUUCAAUAAAUAUGGCUGUUAGUAAUGCUAAUCCAAAUCAUAAAGACGUUGAAGUACUUGAAGAACAACUUUCUCAACUUCAACGAUCGUACAUAGAAUUAUCACAAAAAUAUGCAAAAACUUCUGCUGAACUUGCCGUACAUCAAGAUAAUUCUGAUGAACUUGGCGUAAAAUCUUCAUCUGUUAAAGUUCAACAAAAUGAACCUAAAUCAAAAUCACCAAUGAAACCUAUAAAAGAAGAAAAUAUUUCGGCAAGUUUUCAGGAAGCUGUCGAACCUGUAAUCGAAGAAUAUGAGAAAUCAAUAUCCGCACUUGAAAGUCAACUUGCACUUACACGUGCUGCAUUGACUCAUUCUGAAAAUACAAUGCAAGAACAAGAACAAAAAUUAAAUUAUGCUGAACAAGCUAAUGAACAAAAUAAAUCUUUAAUAAACGAUUUAAGAAACAAAGUCGCUAGAUUUAAUGAACGUGAAACUACUACUGAACAUUAUAUUAAAGAUUUAGAAUCUAAACUUGAAUCUCAAUCUAUGGAACAACAGAAAGAUCAAGAUUUAAUAAAUGAAUUAAAGAAUAAAAUCUCUCAAUUAAAAUCAAGUGGUAAUAGUACUGAAGGUUAUAUUCAAAGUUUAGAAUCUCGAUUAGCUACAAGUGAAGAACAAUUAACCAAAUUUCGUCAGAAUGUUGGAAAUCUCGAAAGACGUCUCCAAGAUCGUGAAGCUGCUUAUCAAGAUCUAGAAAAUCGUAUGAAACUUGUGGAAGUUGAUGAUAAAAAAUUAUUAUUGAAUGAAAUUGAUGAUCGUGAUAAAAGAAUCACUCAACUUGAACAAAAAGUCGAUUUACUCAUUAAAGAAUUGGACAGAUUACGAGAAUUUUCUAAUUCUUCAAUUGAAGAAAUUGAAGGAAUUGAUUCUCAUGAACGUUCUGUUUCAGAAUUAUCCACAACUUCAAAUUAUACUUUAUCAACUUCAGGAUCUAUUACACCUCAAUUAAUUAGUGAGCAAGAGCGAAUGAACGUUGUAACAUUGGAAGCAAGACUUUCUGAAUUACAAAAAACUCAUGAAAAUACCGUAAAAGAUUUUAAUGAAAUGAAAGACAAAUAUCAAGCAUGUGUUGCUGAAAUAAAUGACCUUCGCGCACAAUUAACUGAAAGAGAAGAUAGCUUUAAAUCAACUUCUUCAACACCUAUUACACCGAUGUCACCUACUAACUCGAAUUCUUUUAGAUUUUCACUUCCACCAUCUGUACGCUCUAAUGAAUUAAGUAAAGAAGCUCUUCAUAAAUCACUAGAUGUUUCUAAACGUGUUUUUCACAGAAAAGCUAGAUCACUUUCAGAAAUCAAAGGUCCCGAGAAACGUGAUCCGAUCCAUCUUGCUAUAAUGCAAAAACUAAACACUGAUCUUAAACAACUUUCUUCACUUCGUGAUGAUAAAGAUCAAGGUUUAGUUACUAUUAAACAAGAAUUUGCUCGUUUAGAAAUGUGUUAUCGUGAAACUCUUGAACUUGUUGAAGAGUUACGUGAAGAGAUUAAGAGACGUGACGCGUUAGCUCAAUUAGAAGUUAUGUCUGUUGUAACUUCAGAUCAUACUUAUACUGAAGGUUAUUCUCCUUCCAUGAGUGAAGUUGAUAAACUUGAUAUUGUUCAACGACUUCGUGAAGAAGUUGAACAACUUAAAGAAGAACAGAGAUUAGAAAUGGAAUUUCUUACUGAACAUAAGAAAGACAGAGAAAAUGUUGACCAAGUUUCAAGAAUUGAAUCAAAUGAACCGGAUAAACAAUUAAUCAAUACUCAAGGAUAUCAUGAUGAUUCAAGACCAGGAGAAAACGCUGAUGCUUCAAAAUCAGAGAAUGAAGAUGAUGAAUUUUUGUCACAUCAACGACAUAUUGAAAAACUUCAAGUUGAAAUUGAAUCGAAAAGUCAUACCAUUGCUGCACUUUUACUUCCUACUGAGUAUCAAAAUACUAUUCGUCGUCUUGAAGAUGAACUUCAAGAAGUUAAAGAAGCUCAUCGUAUAGCAAUGAAAGAAAAAUACGGUAAAUUAAAUAUCACAAUUGAGGCCGUUGAAGAUAAUGUCGACCGAUCCAUUUCUCCAAGAUUCACCUCUGACGCGACAUCAUCUGAUAAACUUGAACAAAAUGUUGAUGAAAAUGUUAUGGAGUUAGAAGAUAAAGUUAAAGAAUUAGAAAUUCAAUUAACAAAAGCAAAAGAAGCUCAACAACAUAUUCCAACACCAAAUAAUUCUUGGCUUACUAUGAUUGAUCCUGCACAAAAAUCUGUAAACACAAUUCAAACAAAACUUUCAGAUUUACAACGUGAUCUUGCUAAUAAAUCUGAUAAUGGUCAAGAUUUAAAAGUUGAACAAGAAUUAGUUUCUUCUAUACAAGUUCAAUUAGAAACACUUAUUGCUGACAUUAAACGAAAGUAUGAACUUAUAGAUAAUUUGAAACGAGAUUUAGUUGAUAAAGGUACAAUGCAACAAAAAUUUAAAGAGAAGGAAGCGGAGGCUUCAGUGCUUAAAGUUCAAUUAAUACAAUUUGAAGAACGUAAUAAAGUUCUUAUGGCAGAGAUUGAAGAACUUCAAACUCGAAUACGUAAUCUUGACCCUAGUAACAGUUCAGGAGAACUUUUACAAGAACUCAAAGAUGCAAAAGAAAGAGAAUCUCUCACAUUAAAUCGUUUAAAAACUUUAAAAUCUGAAGAAGAAAAUCUUCGAAAAGAUAUAGAACAUUUGCAACAAACUGAAAUUGUACAACGUGAAAAAAUUACUGUAUUAGAAGCUCGAUUAAUUGAAAAGGGUUCCGUGGUUGAUGAAAAUAUAAUUAAAAUAAGAACAGAAUUAGCCUUGGCUAAAGAAGCCGAAAUUGUUAAUAAUCGGACUAUAACGGAUCUUGAAUCUAAAUUAAAUAAUUCUACAUUGGAAACUGUUUCAUCAAAGGACACUGAUUCACUAACUACUAUGAAAGAUGAACUCUCAGAAGCAAAAGCAACUGAUUCGUAUCUUCGUAAAACUAUUCAAGAGUUAGAAAUUAAACUUUCAACAGCAGAAAAACAAUCAACUAAUUUACAAUCAUUAAAAGAAGAAAUUACAAUAUCAAAAAAUUUGGAAGACGAACAGAAAUCCAUAAUUGAACAAUUACAAGUACAAAUUCAAGAAAUGCAAGAGUCUAAAGAGGAAGCUGUUAAAGAGUUGCAAAACUUUAAAGGUGAUUUCGAAGCUCAAAAGGAUCAUAUAGAAAAACAAUCUGAACUUUUAAAAGAAUUACAAUCAGAACUUGAACAAGCUAAAGUUCAAAAGGAUCAUAUGGAAAAACAAUCUGAACUUUUAAAAGAAUUACAAUCAGAACUUGAACAAGCGAAAGCUCAAAAGGAUCACAUGGAAAAACAAUCUGAACUUUUAAAAGAAUUACAAUCAGAACUUGAACAAGCUAAAACUCAUAUAAAUAAACAAGAAGAGCUUAUUAAAACUUUGGAAUCCAAACUCCAACAUACUGAAAGUCAAAGAGAUGACACGAUCUCUAAACUCGAGGUGGCUAAUGAAGAAAUUAAAAGUCUCAAGGAUCAAUGUUCAAGGUUACAAAAUGAAAUCAAUGAAGUGCAUAAAGACUCACAAAAUAUUAGUGCUGUUGACAGUAAAAUGAUAGAAGAUCUUACCGACCAAUUAAAGAGAAUUCAAAACGAAUCAUCGACUUAUAAAGAGCGUGUUCAAGAACUUGAAAAUACAACACAACAACUUCGAUCAAGUAAUGAUGAAUAUCUUGAAAUAAAUAAUGAACUUAAUAGCCAAAUUGCGCGAUUGCAGAGAGAACUUGAAACACUUGCAGAAGAAUUUGCCGAAGCUGGUAUCAAAUUUGAGGAUUCUGAAGCUAUAUUACAAGAACAAAAGAAUCGUAUUUCUUAUUUGGAAGAAACUCUUGAAAAAGUUAGCAAUCAAAAAGGUGAUUCUUUCAGUAAAAUGGAUAUUAAUUCUUCAAGUACUACUGCUGCUGGUCUUGCUCAAUUAGCUGCCGAAAAUGAGCUUUUAAGGCACACAAAUGAUGAUUUGAACACCAAGAUUUCUGAAGCGGAAGAUCAAAUGUUAUCAUUGAACGAAAGGAUAAUGACUUUACAGCGUGAACUUGAGAACGCAAAGUCUCCGAAUAAAAAUGAACAAAAUAUAGAAUCCGUUGAUACAUUAAAAGAAAAGAUUUGUGAACUUGAAAUGGAAAAACAAGCAUUGGAACAAGCAAACACAACAUUUUUAGAAGAUCGUAAAAAGCUUGAUCAAAGGAUAGAAUCUUUAACGCAACAACUUACAUCAGCGGGUAAAAGUGGAAAUAAGACCGCAGCUCAACUCGCGGACCUUAACGGAAAGAUUUCAUCUUUGGAAAAUGAAGUAGGGCAAGAGAGACAAAAAUCACGAGAAGAAAUUUCAGUAAUGGAAAAGGAAAUGAUGCGACUAUUAGAAAUCAAUGAACAAUUAAUGCAAGGAAAAAAUGAUGCAGCAUUACGAUCACCUAAAUCUCCAAAUGAUGACAAUUUCUCUAGAGAUCGAACAGAUUCGUUGGAUUCAGGAUAUAUAUCUGGAAGCACGCGUUCAUUAAACAAUACAGAUAAUGUCCUUCAAAAUAAAUUUUUACAACAAGAAAGUACGAUCACUCAACAAAAUGAUCUUAUCAAAUCUCUUCAAGACAAAAUAGAAGAACUUGAACGACGAUCACUCAAUCUUGGAAGACCAGUCUCUGCAGAGCUUGAUGCUGUAGGAGGGUCAACAAUUCCUUCAGAUUCUAAAAAGAAUUCAAUACGAUAUUCGGAUCUCAAAACUCCACCAGCUCCGCCACCAACUCAACCACUACCUCCAACACCAAAUAGUCCUCCAGCGCCUCCUCGGUCCUCACUUCCUCCUCGAGAAUCUCUUACAGGACAAGAUCUAACUCUAGAAAUUCAAAGACUUAAUAAGAAAAUCGUGGUUAUUGAAGGAGAAAAUCUUCAAAAUAGUCAACUCGUUGAUACUCUUGAAGAAUCCCUUAAUGACACAGAAAAAAAUCUUCAAAUUGCUAAGCAAGAAUUACAAGUACUACAACAUGAAAAAUUAGAUCUUGUAAAUCAAGUAAAGAAUCUGAAAAACCAAUUAGAAGAUGCAACUAUACACUUUGAAAAAACAAGAUCUAGUGUUCAACAAGAAAAGAAAGCUAUCGAGUCAGUAUUGGAAGAAGAAAGGCGUGCAAAGGAAUCGGCAGAAAGAGCUAGACGACAACUGGAAAAUCAAAUGGAACAGCUUAUGGCAAAGAGAAGCAAAUUCAUGUGUUUCUAA